AUCAUUGGCUGGUGGGAGUUAAAUGGGCGUGUAGGGAACGCCUCCUUCUUCCCUGUCUACUCAAAAGCACUGGUGGCAGCAGCUGAGGAGUGAAGAAGAGAAGGAAAUAUUCAAGUAGUGGACAUCUGAAACAAACAUCAGGGAGAGAAACAGCUGUGAUAGUCACACAGAGUUACGACGUGUGUUCCUGGCAAGCUGACUAGACAGAUUGAUCACUCAGACGUGCAGCAAAGAUGGCCUCCGCCGCUCCGUUCAGCCGCAGACAGUGGGCGUCCCAGUCACUGAGGGUCACCGCCAAGGAGCUGACCAUUGUCUCUGCCCGGGGUAAAAACACCGCCAUUGCAGAGCGCUUCUCCAAGUACCAGAUGGCAGCAGAAGAGGGAAAUGCAGAGAAGAAGAAGAAAGCGGUUACAGAACCUCUUCCCUCCACACUGAGUCUGAGUGUUUUAAAGAAACGCUGGGAACAACAACAACAGCAGGAGCAGCAGCAGCCGUCCAGCUACAGAGCCCAACCUCAAGCCUGCAUCCCUGCCAAACCUCAGACCCACGUAGGUCAACCAACAGGCCCCAAACGUAGACCCACAUCACCAAUCGAGAACCAGUCCAACGCCCUAAAAAACACCACACUCUCACAAGACCAGGAUACUGAGCCGGAGACGCAGGUCCACUCUGAGACCAACCAGCUGCAGUCAGCUCAACCCGAGGAUCUGACCAACAUGGAGGAGAAGCCCAGCAGAGAUUCAGAGGGGCAGGAGGGAGCAGCAGCAGCUGAAGUACCUGACUCUGAGAAGCCCAGUGUUCCCCUCAACAGCCUCAAGAUGAUGUUUGAGAAGGGAGAGAACCUCACCGACAAGGUGUCCAGGGAGCAAACAAGCAGAGGAAACAGCACUGAUACUGCCAACAUGGACCAGUUACUAGGAGAUGGAAGUCUCGCUGAGUCGACUCCUCUCCGGGACAGGAUGGCCCUCUACCAAGCUGCCAUUUCCAAACAGGAAGUCACUCCCACCUCAGUCAGUAGUGAUCAGCUGGACAGUUUCUGUGGGAAGCAGAAGGAGAACGUUCCUCCGUGCACUCUGGACUUGAGUCAGAGUCCAGAGUCUGAACCAAACGGCAGGAAAGGUUUCACCUCGGAGACCAACGGCUCCGCUAACGGCUCUCCUGCAUCCUCCAAUCAGAGAGACUCCUCUCAGGCCAAGACUCCUAAAAGCUUCCGCCCGCCUGUGAGGGAGACCUGUGUGUCUUGUGAGAAGACAGUUUAUCCUCUGGAGAGGCUGGUGGCCAAUCAGCAUGUUUACCACAGCUCCUGCUUCCGCUGCUCGCACUGCAACACCAAACUGAGUUUGGCGAACUACGCCUCCCUGCACAACAACGUCUACUGCAAGCCGCACUUCUGCCAGCUUUUCAAGGCCAAAGGAAACUACGACGAGGGCUUCGGCCACCGGCCCCACAAAGAGCUGUGGGAGAGCAAAGGGGAGAGCUGUGAGACCUCCCCACAGUCCAACACUCAGACCAAGCCAAAGACCCAGAGCCCAGCCCCAGCCCCGGCCCAGGCCUCAGACCUGGACAGCCCCAGUGUGGAGGACUCCCCGCUGGCUAAAGUCAACGUGCUGAUGGCCACUAUGGAGGCUCUGGGACAGGGAUCAUCAGAGAAGUCCGACAAACCCACUGAGACCCGCAGGCUGAAAAUCUCCUGGCCGCCACGAACCGAGCUGGGGGACAUGCCCGGCCGCAGUGCGUCCGCAGAGGAGGGGUCUGCCGGUAAGCCCAUCAGAGCCAAGUGGCCCCCAGAGGAGGAUUCCCUCUCCUCACCCCCUGAACAGCCCAGAGAGACGCCCUGCCUGCGCCGGACCUCCUCCCUGAAGGAGCGCAGCAUGCCCUUCACACUGGCAGGACAAGCUCCUGCUCCUGAGGCCAGAAAACAGAGUCCACCUCCUCCCGUGGACGACAGGCAGCUCAGUCCUGAGCCCUCCAAUAUGGAGCUGCAGCACGACGGCACGUGGACAGACAGCCAGACACCCACUGAGGACAGCUGUGUGGACGUUCACACCAGCUCAGGAGAGGAGGAGCAGGAGGGGGAGAUGAAGGCUGAAAACAUGGUGGAGAAUCAUUUCACAAGAGAGGAUGAAGACACCCCGGAUGAACAACCCGAGGAAGAGGAGGAGGAGAAGAUGGAGGAGGAGGAGGAGGAAGACGGAGGUGUGUUGGAGGAGGAGAUGCCGCCUCUGAAACAGGAGGAGACACCAGCAGACAUCCCGUCUCCUGAAGGUGAGGUGGAGGCCAGCCGGUCGUCUCAGGAUGUGGGGUUCUGGGACAGCGAGGAGGUGGAAGAUAAGGAGGAGGAGGCGGUGCUGACGGUGGAGGAAAUGAUCAAACGAAACCGAUACUACGAGGACGAAGAGGAGGAAGAGGAUGUAUAAACUGAUUGAUCAACAAGAUGACAACCAUGGACACUUGGGAGGACUUCUCGCCAUUCCUUCUUUUUUUUAGAUUCUUCUUCUCUUCUUAAAAGAGAGUUGCUGCAGUGUCUAGUGUGAACUCUACUGAACUCUUUAUUUGUGCCUCUUUUUCAAACAUUCCUACAAGAUAGUUUUUACAAGACUGUGUCGCUCUGACAUCAUGUUUUAAAAUGUACAAUAUUUAAAAUUACGCCCCAUGUAAUGAAUGUUUUUAGCACCAAAUGUCCAAAGGUUAUGACAUAUAGAGAAUUAUUUUUGUGUAAUUUUCUAUUUUCAUUGAAAGCCUCUUAAUCUGGAUUGAAACGAUAACAUGAUCCUGUUAUUAGUACACUAAAAUAUGGGAUUAUUACAUUUUAUGUAGCUUCUGAAUGGAAUCACUUUUAAUGGGUAAGCUAAAAGAAAACAUCCCAUUCUGUUUUUAGAAAAUAAAGCCCAGCACUUUCAUCUGUUACUAUUAUUCUAAGUAAUAGGUUUGGUUAGUUUUUGACAAUUUCUGUAGAGAAUACAUCUGUCACUUUCUUUUCAAUAGCCAUUCUGUAUGUACAUGUUAAAAAAACACUUAUGUUCCUUGCUGUUUUACAAUUUCAGGAGUUAUAACUGGAUCUGAAAAAUGUACUGUUUUUUUUUUUUUUUAAAUCGGGGGACCAAAUAUCCUAGAUUACUACUGUUUAAAUAAAUUGUUAUACAAAAUG